AUGCGAUUCACAGGCUUGUUCGAUUCCCUGCAAUCCGCGCAACGUGCGCCAAAGGCGCCUCGGCCCUUCGAUGAAGACGACGAGUAUGGAGAUGCGGAAAAGAACUUCCAGCCAAGAUCCCCCAGGUUCUGGAUGAUCAUCAUCGGCAUGUACGCGUCGAUUUUUCUCGUCGCGUUGGAUCGAAUGAUCAUCGCUACCGCCAUCCCCGGCAUCACCAACGAGUUCCAUUCGAUCGAGGAUAUCGGCUGGUAUGGCAGCGCCUACAUGUUGACUGCCGCCAUUUUCAAUCCGCUUUUUGGCCGCAUCUACCAGCUCUAUUCGACCAAAUGGGUGUUCCUCGUCUCCAUCCUCGUCUUCGAGGUCGGCUCCGCUCUCUGCGGCGCCGCCCCUAGCUCCGCAGCUUUCAUCGUCGGACGCGCCAUCGCUGGCAUCGGCGCUGCUGGCAUCUUUUGCGGCGGCAUAAUGAUCAUCGUUCCGCUCGUUCCCCUUCGCAGGCGGCCUAUAUUCACCUCCUUUUUCGGUAUGGCUUUUGGUGUCUCGUCGGUGCUCGGCCCUCUGAUCGGCGGCACAUUUACCGACAACCGGAGCCUGACGUGGAGAUGGUGUUUCUACAUCAACCUGCCCAUCGGUGGCUUCACCUUCGUCGCCAUACUCCUGUUUCUCCACCUCAAACCUCCACCGCGCGAGAAGCUCACCGUCCUGGACCAGCUCAAGCGUCUCGACCCCUUUGGACUUUUAUUCCUCAUUCCAUCCAUGGUGUGCCUCAUCUUGGCUCUCCAGUGGGGCAAUACCACCUAUCCCUGGUCGGCACCCCGAAUCAUCGGCCUUCUCGUCACCUUUGCCGUCUUGCUCGUCGCUUUCCUGGCCGUCGAGGUCCUGACACCAGAGACCGCCAUGGCUCCGACCCGAGUCAUCCUGAACCGUUCCGUCGGUGGCAGUAUGCUUUUCAUGUUCCUCCUCUCCGGUGGAAUGAUGGUCGUCGUCUACUACCUAACCAUUUGGUUCCAGGCGGCCCAAGGCCAGUCGGCCAUGGAAGCAGGAAUCCGCACCAUCCCUCUGGUCUUGUCUCUGGUCGUCAUGGGCAUCGUGGGCGCCAUCUCCACUGAGAGCGUCGGAUACUACGUUCCCGCCAUGCUGCUUUCUCCUUGCAGCAGCCACUGGAUUGGCUACCAAGUCAUCUACGGCUGCGGCAUCGGCUGCGGCUUCCAGACCUCCAACCUGGCGCCUCAAACCGUCCUGCCGCGUGCCGACGUCCCUCUCGGCAUGGCCCUAAUGUUCUUCAUGCAGCAGCUCGGCGGCUCCGUCUUCCUCUCCGUUGGUCAAAACAUCUUCUCCAGCCAGCUCGUUGAUAGCAUUUCUAGCAUAGCGGGCCUCAACACUGAGGCUAUCGUUAACGCUGGCGCGACGGCUUACCGUAGCAUGGUGCCGCUGGGCGACCUCAACACCCGCCUGCAUGAUUCUGGGCGCUGGGAUUGUGGAGUGGAAGAGCAUCAAGGAAAAAAGAGCCACCCCUCCAAGACUGACGAGGGCAAUGAGGGAGGCAAAAGCGAAGCCAAUGAGGAAGGCAAGAGCGAGGCCAAUGAGGAAAACAAGAGCGAAGCCAAGAACGAGAGCGCCCUGGGUACGGACUGA